AGUAAGAAGAUGGGAGCAAACGGCAGCAGCAUCAGUGAGCUCCCAGAAAACGAAUACUUAAAAAAAUUGUCAGGACCAGAAGCCAUCUCAGAGAAUGACCCGUUCUGGAAUCAGCUGCUUUCUUUUAGCUUUAGUACCCCAACAAGCAGUGCUGAGUUGAAGCUUUUGGAAGAAGCUGCCGUCUCAGUCUGCAAGUCUUUAGUGGAGAACAAUCCUCGGACAGGCAAUCUUGCUGCGCUGAUCAAAGUCUUCCUUUCUAGAACCAAAGAGUUAAAAAUUUCAACAGAAUGUCAGAAUCACCUCUUCAUCUGGCAGGCUCACAAUGCCCUGUUUAUUAUUUGCUGCCUGCUCAAAGUGUUGAUCUGUCAGAUGUCAGAAGACGAACUACAACUUCAUUUUACCUAUGAGGAAAAAACACCAGGAUCUUAUGGUGCAGAAUGUGAAGACCUUAUGGAAGAGUUAUUGUGUUGCCUCAUCCUGCUGAUUGUUGAGAUUCCUCUUCUAGACAUAACAUACAGCAUUUCUCUAGAAGCCGUGACGACCCUUGUGGUUUUCCUAUCCUGCCAGCUUUUCCACAAGGAAAUUCUGCGGGAGAGCAUCGUUCAUAAGUAUCUCAUGCAUGGCCGAUGUCUCCCGUACACCAGCAGACUUGUGAAAACAUUGCUGUAUAACUUUAUCAGACAAGAGAGAAGCCCUCCACCGGGUGCUCACAUCUUUCAACCAGAGUCUGACGGAGGAGGACUUCUAUAUGGAAUUGCUUCGGGAGUAGCAACCGGCCUGUGGACGGUGUUCACUUUAGGAGCAGCGGGAACCAAGCGGACUCCUCAGCAGGAAGAGUCUUCUCCUCUAGCUAAUCAGAGUCUUCUACUGCUGCUCAUAUUAGCAAAUCUAACCGAUGCUCCCGACGCACCAAACCCUUACAGACAAGCUAUUAUGUCCUUUAAGAACACACAAGAUAGCACAGCUCUUCCAUCGCCAAAUCCUCACGCCUUCCAGAUUAAUUUCAACAGUUUGUACACCACCUUGUGUGAACAGCAGAACUCGGAUCAAGCCACCCUUCUUUUAUACACUCUGCUGCAUCAGAACACCAAUGUCCGAACAUACAUGUUGGCUCGAACGGAUAUGGAAAAUUUGGUUUUGCCGAUCCUUGAGAUCCUUUAUCAUGUUGAAGAAAGAAACUCGCACCAUGUUUAUAUGGCUCUAAUAAUUUUGUUAAUCCUGACUGAAGAUGAUGGCUUUAAUCGGUCCAUUCAUGAAGUGAUACUGAAGAAUAUUACCUGGUACUCAGAACGUGUGUUAACUGAGAUUUCCUUGGGGAGUCUCCUGAUACUGGUAGUGAUAAGAACUAUUCAGUACAACAUGACACGGACAAGGGACAAAUACCUUCAUACAAAUUGUUUGGCAGCUUUAGCCAAUAUGUCGGCGCAGUUCCGCUCCCUUCAUCAGUAUGCCGCUCAGAGGAUAAUCAGCUACACCUGCCGCCAUUUGCGGAGAUAUGUCUAUGUCUUGGACAGGCUCUAUUUCCCCCACUCCCACUGCUCUUCGCUGCAGCAUUGCUUCUCGGCCCUCAGUGACAACGGAGAGGAGCUGUUGUCUUUAACUUGCUCUCACAUUCUCAGAUCCUAUGCUUCCAGUUUGUUCUCGCUGUUGUCCAAGAAGCACAACAAAGUCCUGGAGCAGGCCACACAAUCCUUGAGAAGUUCCCUCUCUUCAGAUGGUUCUCCACUUCCAGAUUAUGCGCAGGAUCUGAACGUGAUUGAAGAAGUCAUUCGAAUGAUGUUGGAGAUCAUCAAUUCCUGCUUGACAAACUCUUUACACCAUAACCCUAACUUAGUGUACGCGCUGCUUUAUAAGCGGGAUCUCUUUGAACAGUUUCGAACUCACCCUUCUUUCCAAGAUAUAAUGCAGAAUAUAGAUCUGGUGAUCAGCUUCUUCAGCUCACGGAUUGAGCAGGCCGGGGCCGAGCUGUCAGUGGAGCGCGUUCUGGAAAUCAUCAAGCAAGGCGCAGUUGCCCUUCCCAGAGACAGGCUUAGAAAGUUUCCAGAGCUGAAGUUCAAGUACGUUGAGGAGGAGCAACCGGAGGAGUUCUUCAUCCCCUACGUCUGGUCCCUCGUUUACAACUCUGCCGUGGCCCUUUACUGGAACCCGCAAGACAUCCAGCUCUUCACCAUGGAUUCGGGCUGAA